UCGGCGCGGUGGGGACAGACCUUACCCACCCCGCGCCCUAGUCAGGAGCCGCGGAACCCGCCGAGCCCUCCUGCAGCCCGCAGCCCCGUCCGGCUGCGCGUCGCGGAGCGAACCUUCGCCCCGCACUCGGAGACCGAGAUGGCGUCAGUGACUGAUGGUAAAACUGGAGGCAAAGAUGCCUCUGACCAGAAUUUUGACUACAUGUUCAAACUGCUCAUCAUCGGAAACAGCAGUGUAGGCAAGACCUCCUUCCUCUUCCGCUAUGCUGACGACACCUUUACUCCAGCCUUUGUCAGCACUGUGGGCAUUGACUUCAAGGUGAAGACGGUCUAUCGUCAGGAGAAGCGAGUGAAGCUGCAGAUUUGGGAUACAGCUGGACAGGAGCGGUACCGGACCAUCACCACAGCCUAUUACCGUGGAGCCAUGGGCUUCAUUCUGAUGUAUGAUAUCACCAAUGAGGAGUCUUUCAAUGCUGUCCAAGACUGGGCUACCCAGAUAAAGACCUACUCCUGGGACAAUGCCCAGGUUAUUCUUGUUGGGAACAAGUGUGACAUGGAGGAAGAGAGGGUUGUUCCUACUGAGAAGGGCCAGCUCCUUGCAGAACAGCUUGGAUUUGACUUCUUUGAAGCCAGUGCCAAGGAGAAUAUCAACGUGAGACAGGUCUUUGAGCGCCUAGUAGAUGCCAUUUGUGACAAGAUGUCUGAUUCGAUGGACGCAGAUCCCUCCAUACUGGGCACCUCUAAGAACACGCGCCUGACAGACACCCCACCACUGCUACAGCAAAACUGCUCAUGCUAGGCAAAGCCCACCCUCCCUAUGCAUCCCUCAACUGCUCUGCACUCCCACCGCUGCUCCCAAGUCCAUGCUGUCCACUCCUAGCCCCAUGUAAGCUCUGUUGCUGCUGUUCUUUGCUUUGUUCCCAAGAGGACUCUGCAGCUGGCCCCAUCCCAAAUACGUAACCCCAGUCUUGCUUCACAAAAGAAUAUUUUCUGGUUUACAUAUGGGAUUCCCUGUGGUUGCUUGCAAAGCUGCUAUCUUUUCAACCUUGAAAAUUAAG